GGCAUGGCCUCCAGGAACACCGUGCUGCGGCUCGUGCGAACCCUCAACCUGGACUUGGCCUGCGCGGGAAUGGGCCUGUUCUUCUCGGUGACGGGAGUGGCACUGCUCGACCUGGCCGACGUGUACGCCACCGACGUCGGGAGCGUCGCACAGCUGCUCACCACGCGUGGUGUCGGGAUCCUCGCGGGCAGCUUCGUCGGGGGCCGCCUCUACGACCGCCUAAACACGCAGCUGCUGAGCGUCGUGCUGACGUUGCUGACAGCUGCCGGCGUGGCAGCGACGCCGUCGUGCAAGCAGCUGGUGUACGCGCAUGGCGUGUCCGUGCUUGCCGGAUUCUCCAUGGGCGCCCUGGAUACAGGCGCCAACGUGUGGCUCAUCAACCUGUGGCCUAACGGGUGCGGCCCGGUGCUGCAAGUGUACCACCUCGCCUUCGGAGUCGGGGCAUUCGUGGCGCCGUUCGUGGCCGAGCCUUUCCUGUCCGUCAACGUCUCCUCGGCUGCAGACGCGUCUGCGAACAACACUGGCCCCUGGGCUCACGUUAGCGGCAUGCUGCCCAGCGAAGGGGCGACGACCGUCUCCGCAGAAUCGCAACUAUCGUGCGCCUUCGGCAUCGCCUCGGGAUUCAUGGCGCUCGUGGCGGCUUCGAUGUUCACCGUGUACCUGCUGGAUCGAUCAGACUGCAAGCCGCCCGAUCAGUCGAGCCAGCCCGGUAGUGGCCGCUUUGCCUACACCCUAGUUGCCUUUCUGGGAGCCUACAUUAUGGUGUAUCUGGGACUGGAAUGUUCGUACGGCCAGAUGCUGACAACGUUCGCUGUCGAGAGUGAUCUUCAGAUGACCAAGUCCGAAGCGGCCUACCUGACGUCGCUCUACUUCCUCACGUUCACGGUGGCCAGGAUCGGCUCCGUGUUGUGGUCCGUGUUUGCUGGGCCCUCUUGCAUCCUGGUUACUUGUCAAGUGCUCCUCACCGUCACGUUCGCGCUGCUCACAGUGUUCGGGGCCUCGUCGACCACCUGGCUUUGGACGCUGUCAGGUUUUGCGGGCGUUUCGCUGGCAGCCGUUUUCGCCGCCGCAGUAUCCUACGCCGUUCAGUUCGUGGUCAUGACCAACAGGCUGAUGUCGAUGGUGACGGUGGCAGCCUCCCUGGGGACCAUGGCGCCGCCCCUCUUGGUGGGUCUGUUCAUUGAGCGCCACCCCAUGGUGUUCGCGUACGUGUGCUUUGUGGCUGCCCUCGUUAUGAGCGCACUUUACUUUGCCAUGUACCUGGUCACCAGGGGCAAGCCUUUGCUCACGAACAAUUUAGCGUAACACGCGCAUCUCAUCUCUCGGAGAAGGUGCACGGGGCAUCCACUGGCGAAGGUGGCGUCGCCUGAAAGCCGUUGUCUCACCUGCGCUUGGCAAGGGGAAGCCAAGGUUGUGCAACAGACGGCAGUCAAUGGAGCAGCAGUGACUCGCACGUCGCUUAAACGCCUAUUUAAAUCUCUUGAACUGUCAUGCAUUGGAUUUUUUUUCUUUUUUUGUGUGUGACGUCGGCCGAUCACGCAACAUCAACAAUACGUAUCGAGAUAGUGGAAACUUGGACUUGUUGGUUCAUGAUCGUCCGGUUGUAUAGAACAACCCGAAAAAAUGUACAACCCAAAAUAUGUGUCAGUUUGUGUGCAUCAGGAAGUUUACUUUACUGUUUAUAAUUUUCAUGUUUGCGUAUGCUCUACAAGGUGUUUCGCGGAACGUGAACAAAAUUUAAAAAAAAAGUUGUACAUCUUAACAUAUGAAUGAGGCCAACAGCAUAGCGUUUGCAGUCGUCUUGGUUUACUCAGAGUAUAUUAAAGUCAAGAUAUUUCUUUACUUACCUCCCCGUCGUUCGGCGUGGCUUUUUCGGCGACUGCAUGUGUAAACAAAGGCGGUGCGCCGAUUCUGACAGCAGCAGUACAAUAUGAUACGCCAUCACAAGCGGGGAUGGGCCGAUGUCGGUAAUGCACCUCGCCUAUUCUUUGCCGCUUUCACCGUCUGUGCCGUUUCGCGGCGUGUUUCCCGCACAGCUAUUGUGGCGCGCGGAGAAGGAAGAACAAGUUGCGAGAGGAAGCGUGCACUUGCGUGGAGGCGCUGCUGUACACGUCACAAAUGGUGUUCGUUCAGAUCAACGCGGCCUCAAAGGACAUUUCACAACGUCUGAACUGGUAUGUACAAUCAAUCAUUACUUUGAAAAUGAUGUAGUAGGUGCGUGUAACGCCAAGGGUACGCUGUGUCGCGUAAAGCGAAGCGUGGUUUUCCUGCACUUUCCUACAGGUUUGACAUGGCUGCACUUCUCGCGUUACAGCGCGGCCUCCUACUCGAGGGAUCAAAUACAUGAAUAAUAACUGCUUUGCCAUUGUCAAUGCCAUUGUGUAUUAGAUGCUGCAAGCGAAUUCUUGAACGCUAUGCAUUGUAAAGACAAGUAAAAUAUGUAUUUUUUCAUAAAAGAAUGUAUUUGUACAUGUCCCAAAAAUUGUGGCGGAAAUAACUGAUAUCAAUGCUUCCAUGUUUUUUGUCUAUUUAAUAAGUA